UGAAAGCCUGCCCAACACUAUCAUCAUAUUCGUAUCAAAUUCGAGUAUCGAGUUCAGAUUCUAACAAGCCUUUUUGAUCUGUAUUACAGAAUCGGACAUUUCAAAGUUUGAACAAAGUUAAUUACGAGACAAAAAUACCCCCAAAUAAUAUUUAAAAAUAAAUAAAUAAUACGACAAUCAUCACUAGACGAACGACUUCUGCAGCAGAAACCCAGAACAGAAGGUGAGAAACACAGAAAAUGGCGCCGCGCUUCCGCUCUCUACUGCUCCUCCUUCUCCCGCCGCUCCUCAAUUUUCUCUCUCUCAAUCCAGUCUGCGGAAGCGGCGGCGGCGCCACCGGAGUCAUCAAAGUGAAUUACAAAUUCGCCGGCUCCGACGCCAGUCUCAGCACCCUCAGAGCUCACGAUGAUAUCCGCCACCUCUCCAUUCUCGCCGGCGUCGACCUGCCCCUCGGUGGAACCGGUCGUCCUGACGCGUCCGGGCUCUACUAUGCUAAAAUAGGCAUUGGAACACCGUCAAAAGAUUAUUAUGUGCAGGUUGACACUGGAACUGAUAUAACUUGGGUUAACUGCAUUCAGUGCCAUCAAUGCCCCCGACGAGGCUACCAUGGUAUAGAACUUCCACUCUACAAUCCAAAAGAUUCUCUUACUGGAAAACUAGUGUCAUGUGAUCAAGAUUUUUGUAAAGAGAUUGGUGGAGGCUUAUCAGGUUGCAAUGCUAAUUCAUCAUGCUUGUAUACUGAGGUUUAUGGAGAUGGGAGCUAUACCAUAGGAUACUUUGUUGAGGAUGUUGUCCAGUAUGAUCGAAUCUCUGGAGAUUUGCAAACAAAAUCGGCAAAUGGAAGUGUUAUUUUUGGAUGUGGUGCCCAACAAUCUGGAGAUCUGGGGCCAUCGGAUGAUGCACUUAAUGGAAUACUGGGUUUUGGAAAAUCUAACUCAUCGAUGCUCUCACAGCUAGCUUCGUCUGGAAGAGUGAAAAAGAUGUUUGCUCAUUGCUUAGAUGGUGUGAAUGGUGGAGGUAUCUUUGCUAUUGGGCAUGUGGUUCAACCACAAGUAAAUACGACACCCCUGGUGUCAAACCAGCCACAUUACAAUGUCAAUAUGACUGGAAUCCAAGUGGGUCAUGAUUUCCUGAAUCUGACUACAGAUAUCUAUAUGGCAGACAAGAGGGGAGCAAUAAUUGACAGUGGUACCACAUUAGCAUAUCUGCCACAAGUGAUUUAUGAACCACUAGUGAAAAAGAUACUCUCCUGGCAGAUGGAUCUGAAAUUGCAAUUGCUUCACGAUCAAUACACUUGCUUCGAUUUUUCUGGCAGUGUUGAUGAUGGAUUUCCAACUGUGACCCUCCAUUUUCAAAAUUCACUUACGUUGAUGGUUUAUCCCCAUGAGUAUCUGUUCCCAUUUGAAGACUUGAUGUGCAUUGGUUGGCAAAACAGUGGCUUGGAGUCCCAGGAUAAAAAGAACAUUACACUUUUAGGAGAUCUGGUUCUUGCCAACAAGCUGGUCCUUUAUGAUCUAGAAAAGCAAGCAAUUGGAUGGACUGAGUAUAACUGCUCCUCGAGUAUCCAAAUAAAGGAUGAAAUCACUGGUUCAGUACAUCUCGUGGGAGCUCACUUUCUGUCUCGUGGUUGCAAAUUCAGCCCUCGUGUUGUAUUUCUCUUACUGAUGAUCGCUCUUUUGCAUGGUUUGAUACAAUGACUACUUCCAUUGACCGAAAACAGCUCAGUAUAGGAAACACUUAAUAGUGGAAGAGAUUAUUGGAGUAAAUGACCACAAAACUUCAGCCUAAAAUGUGCAUAAUAAUCUCAGAAAUUGGCUAAGCUUACAGUAAUAUUACAACAGUGAAUUGUAGCUCAUUGCUAGAAUACGAUUUUACGUUUUUGUAGGCAUUACAUUACAUGGUGUAAAUAGUUAUUUGUACAGAUGAGCUUAAGGUGGUUAUAAUAUAUGCAUCCUAUAUCAUAUUGAUAUGUAAAA